AUUUCUUCAAAGAAAACACUAAAAUUAUCAGAAUUGAGGGUGAACAGGAAUACCCUAUAAUAAAAGAGGAUCCUAUUACAGUAUCAUAUAGAGAGUGGAAAAAGAUUGUUGAAGAAUGUAAAAGGAAGACAGACCUUAAGACUAUCAUUUUCGUGGACACUUCUACUAACUAUUUAUUUUUAGUAAACCACGUGGCAGAGAUGGGUGUCACCAUUCCUACUGCCGAUGAAGUCCUUGUUAACAACAUACAUUUUGAAAUUGAUUUAAUGAGCCACAAGGAUACCGGAUCAGCUCAGAUGAUAAGUAUC